GGGACACCAGUUGAAGAGGGAUGGAUCUAUUUCCGCCAGCUAAGUGCUCAUAAACCUCGGAGCUGGAGGUGAAAGAACACUGUAGCAUUGAGGCGUUCCUAUUUCAGGAUGUGCAUUUGGAACAAAUGAAGAAGAAAUCGUAUAAAAGGCUGUGGUCUGCGGUGUCAUCAUCACUCGCUGCGACUGACAAGAUGCUUUCCACAAGAUUGACAAUCAUCGCCUUGCUGGCUGCAACUGGGUUUUGGACAUCCGACGGACUUUACUACGAUGUGGCAUGUCCUGGUGUAAACAGCGAGCUGCAAUGCCCUGAAGGAAAAUUGAUUAGAGUGAAGUCUACGCAGACUGGUCAUAAAAGCUCUGCUGACUGCCAGAAAAGAAAUGAGUCCGCCACGGCCUUUGAUGAUGACGUCAUAUAUUGGGGCAUGAAAGCCUUUAACAAGAAAAUAUGUAACGGUUUGCAACGCUGCCGACUGCCCAAGCCCAAUCAGAAGUUUCUUUUGCGCAGAAACACAGAAGAUAACUUCAUUCAGAUCGACUACGAAUGUUACGAGAAAAACCCUGAUAUGAAGACCGUUGUUGCAUGUGAGGGAGAAACUGCACAGCUCGGCUGUGCCUUAGUCACAGAAACCAUUUCCAUUGUGAAGGCCAGGUACGGACGUUUCGACGAGAACAUCUGCAACCCUGGAAACCCUUCGACAAUGACCUUCUGUUCAAGUUACGAAGCUAAUGACUUCGUAAUCCAGAAGUGUCACGGCGAAAAACAAUGUAGUGUUAAAAGCGACACUGAUGAUCUGGGAGAUGCCGCCUUCUGCGAUGAUGAACCCAAGUACCUUACUGUGGAUUAUCUUUGCGUGUGAUUGGAGAUGUGCUUCAGACAGCAACGUCCCAGAGAGGAGCGGUGACUUCAUAAUUGGAUUCAUCCAUUGGUUUCAUCCAAACAUGUAUCGAAAACAAUGGGAUGAAUUAAUAAAAGAGUGUAUCUAA